AGGUAAGUCCAAAAGCUCUUGCGUGCUCUUGGGUCUUCCUGUCCCAUCUGUGAAUACAGAUAUCAAUCGAAACCAUUCCUCAAAAAGCAUUAUUCAGGAAGCACAUUACGUCUAUAUGUAUAUGUCUCCCAUUGACAAAGAAAAGUUAAGAUGAUAAAAAUCAACAAAUCAACGCUAAUGGAACUCGAAGUGACAAUCAACAACGCAAUGUCAUUUCUAGCUCCCCGUGGGCCAUUGUAGAUCGACAUCUGAUGGGACCUCUUUGUCUUUGCCUUCUUUACGAGCCUAUAGCUUUCCAGCUUUAUCGUUGGCUGGCUAACAUCGACAUCGUUUUCGAAACAAGAGUUGUGAUUUAUUUUCUUUGCGGAGCACAGCAUGGCGUCUUUUCGUAUAGACGACAUUUUAGCCCGACCUCACGGCUCUCGGUCCGAAACAAGCAGUGGAAUUGGCGUGUCGACCCCGGUACCAAGUUAUCAACAGCUAAGCUUUGGUGUAGACCAAAUACUCGGGAGACACGAAACCGAGCAAAGGGAAAGACUACCUCUACUGGGCGCUUAUUCGAUGGUUCCCAAUACAUGUGAUCAUCUUCACGCGACCUAUUGGACUUCACCUUACUUGGCGGCACACACACAACCAUUCCUGUGUGGAUCAUUACUUCAUUCCAACUGUGAAGCCUGUUACAGCCACGCUCCUUACUCAUACAGCUCAUUAACAGGAAUGUACGGAGACUACAGCGCCUCAGUACUCAAUAAAACAAUACCAGGACAAGUCCUACCCGGCCAACCAAAACCGAGAAAACCAAGGAGGCCUUGGACCAGGGCAGUGUUUUCUAAUCUUCAAAGAAAGGGACUGGAAAAGCGUUUCCAGCUUCAGAAAUAUUUAACAAAAGCAGAUCGACAUCAGCUGGCCUCCAUGUUGGGUUUGUCUGACAACCAGGUUAAAGUAUGGUUUCAAAACAGGCGAAUGAAAUGGAGGCAAGAAGCAAGAGAGACAAUAGCCACUGGUAGUCCCGGGGAAGCUUCCGACAAACAAGAACAGUAGAACUAUUACAAGUUGUAUAUAUUAUUACCGGUGGAAAGAAAGUUACCCCUCUUUUCCGAUUCAUAAAAUAAAUAAGAUAAUUAAGAAAUGUAUAUCCAAUGUAGCUAAAUUAUACAUACCAUCUUAUGCAUGGAAUUGUACGUCACGGUUACAAAUGUACUUAAAGUACUCAACGUAUUAUCGCUAGGUAACCAACGUUCAGCAAACAAUAAGGCGCUAAGAUAGAAAGACUGAGUAAUAGUAACUAGGAAGAAUCAGGAAUAGGUUAAGAGUGAGGUGAACUGAUCACCACAACCAAUUUGAAUACCUUUUUUCAAGAGGUGCCAUCCUUUACGUAUUUUCUUAAAGGUUCAUUGCCUCUAAGGCAUUACAGGGGCACUAUUAUGAACAUGACUUCGAAAAUCAAAACCCGACAGACAGCUAUGGAAACCUAACCAAUGCAAAUACAGUGCACUGAAUAUGGCUUCUAUAAUGGUUGCGCAUGCACUAGGUUGUGAUAUUAAAUUGAAAAAGUCUGGCACACUUUUUCAAAUGUUGUCGUCAUGUCUUGAAAAACUCGCUAAGAACAAAUUGCAAUUUGUUCCCCCUUCAAUAAUUCACAAGAUAUCUACGUCAUGAUGCUGUAAAAGCAUCUCGGGUACCAGCAAAGGCACUUCAUGCAAGACUUCUUUGGUUAGGGCAGGCGCAGUGUUCUGGUUAUUGCACAUGAACUGGAGUAAGAGGAUCAUGAAAGAUUCAUUUUCACUAGAACUGUAAGUGUUCCCCACUAACGCAGGAAGUGGCACAUACUGUCGAACAGUUUAGAAUGGAGAUGCCAGUGCUGUUGUGAAGCAAGGAACGAAAUCAAGUCCAGUGUCGGACCCCAGUGUUUAGUAUAAAAAUUCGUACAUGUCUAAAUGAAAAAGUAAUACGAAAUGAAUAAGUCAGCGACAAACAGCUGGCUUACUUGAUCGGUUCCUUUACUAGUCGCGAAUUUUUUCAAAAAAGUAUGAAAUGGUAUUUGAAGGAAAAAUAUUGUGAUUUUAUAAAAUUGUCUAUCUAUCUAUGGAGGAACAGGUGAACAAACUAGUUUGUUUAAGUAAUAAAACUGUAAGGAGCGUUGAAUGUUAGAAUGGUAAUAAUGAAAAAACAAAAACAAUUAAAAACAUGGCUCUUAAGAUUAGUCUCCAUUACAUAAAUCCUUAUUGUUUCUUAAAUGGUAUAAGAACUAAAUGUCGUAGUAAGAUUAAAGGACACCUUUAUUUUAA